AUGGCAUCCUCAGAGGUCAGUGUACACGUCGAGGAGGUGGUGGUUGUGACCACCCCAGACAGCCUGGACCAUGGGCCUGUGGAGGAGGAAAUGAAGACAGUACUGGUCACCACAGACCUGGCCCAACCUGAGGAGGAUAUGAUUGAGCAGAGCCUGGAUUCUGAGACAAAUGCGGCCAUUUCACUGCCAAAGGAGGCAGUUUUAGUGAAGUUUUCAGAUGAGGUGGAUGUGGAGGCUGAUUUGGUCUACCCAAUAACCUGUGGGGACAGCAAGGCCACCCUGAUAUGGAAGAAGUUUGUCUGCCCAGGAAUCAAUAUCAAGUGUGUGCAGUUCCACGAUCAUCUGAUCAGCCCGAAGGAGUUUGUUUAUCUUGCUGGAAAAUCGACGCUGAAAGACUGGAAGAGGGCAAUUCGCUUAAAUGGAACAAUGCUGAGGAAAAUCAUGGACUCUGGCGAACUGGACUUCUAUCAGCAUUCCAAACUCUGCUCCAACACCUGCCGCAGCACUAAAAUCGACCUGAUUGGGAGUCGGGCGUCUCUCAGCAGUCAGCAGUCCACUGAGCUUGCCUCUGGGACGCCAUCCUCAGCCGACAUGAACGGCUCUCAGGCGGAUGUAUCAGAGGACAGUACUGAGUGGGUUACGGCGAUUGGGGAGGACAGUAUGAUGUUUUGGCGGGAGUUGAGAGACGCCGGCGUGCUGGAUGACAUCAUGCAGGACUUCCAGCAGGAGAUCCAGGAGACCCUGAAAGGCCUUCAGGAUCGUAUUCAGGAACCUCCACUUCAAGUCACUGACGCGGUGCUUCUCAACAACAUCGUGCAGAACUUUGGAAUGCUGGACCUGGUGAAGAAGGUCCUGGCCAGCCACAAAAGCCAAAUGGACCGGUGCCGAGAGCAGUACACUCGAAGCCUAGUGGCCCUGGAGCAGCAGUGCGAUGAGCAUCGGAAACGAGCCAAGGAGCUGAAAAGCAAAUCGCAGCACCUCAACAACGUCCUCAUGACCCUGACCCCAGUGGCGACGCCCCCCCAGACCAAACGCCAACGUCUCACCCGUGCUAUCUCAGGCCCGGGCAGUGUGGCAACCGUGACUGCACAGGCCACACACAUCACCCUGCCAGUUACCUCGUUAGCCAGCUUCCCGCUGGAUAAGAUGCUCACUGCCUCAGCACAGCCCUCCCUGUUAGGGGGUUACACGUUGCUGGCGUCCCCCGGGGGUACGGAGCUCCAGCCGGACGCCUCAAACCUGACGGUGCUGAGCUCUGCCGCCGUGCAGGACGGGACGGCGGGAGCCACGAUCGUCAAAGUCGUCAGCCCCUUUCAGCUUGUCACGCUUCCCGCUCUCGGCACCGGCAUUCAGCACCUGCCAGCAGGGGGCACCACAGCCGGUACAGUGGUGGCAGUGCCUGUCAGCGGUGGCAUGGCAACAUUAGAGACUGUAGGCUCACAGGCAGAAAGCACCCCUCAGACUGAACCCAAAGCUGAGCAGACAAGAGAAAAAUAAACCACUUUCUCUUCUGACAGAAAGUGGAAAACCUGUAGUUCUUCUUUAAGUGUCAAAAACCCCCAGAAUGUCAUUCAGUGAUGGACAUAAUGUACCAGCUCUGCAGUAAAUGUGGAACACACAGGAGUUCUCAGAUGGGUGGUUUGUCUGUUUUGUUUAGUGUGUCCAAUUGGUGCAAUAGAAGAGUAAAAAUAUACAGAGCACCAUUUUCAGUAUGCCCUCCCUCACAAAAAUACCAUUUCUAAGAUAUUGUAUUAUGAUAUUGGUAAAGAUAUCGCAUA